GUUUUAUUCGUUAAAAAGCUAGGAGGUAGAAUUUGUAUCUAUAUUAACUAUAGAAGUAUUAAUAAUAUAACUUUUAAGUUCCGCUAUCCGCUAUUACUUAUUAAAGAAACCUUAAAUAUAAUUUAUUAUACUAAAAUCUUUAUUAAAUUUAAUAUUAUUAUAGCCAUUAAUAGGAUCCGUAUUAAAUAG